AGAACCCAAACCAUCCGUUUUGUAUAUUUUUGUCGACUAAAACUAACAGUGUUGUUGGCUUCUUAUAGUAUACAGAGGUAGUAUAAUAUAAAUAUUAUGGAAUAUAUAGACAACAUAGUUUCCCAAUGGGCCAGAAGGUCGUGGCUAGUUUACCAUGAGACCAUGCUGGAAGCCGUACUGGUUGUGUGGCUCUCUAUUGAGAUGAGUGAAAAAUUUGACGCACGCUUUUAUCCCGAGAUGCGAGUCACUCGUGUUGAUGUGAACGCCCUAACCGGCGUUGAUAGCUUACUGAAUAGCGUCGGACUGACGAACGACUACUGCGUAUGGGACUGCAUAAUGGAUCCAUGGCUCCUGGCUGAUGGUGCAAGAAUUUCAAAGCCACGAUUCAGUCAUCGCGCUAACCCAACAGAAAAUCAAUUUCCAGUUGGCUCGCGUAAGCUUUUUGGCCGCUUUGGCUUGGUUGUACUGUACGUGUCCAUGCAGUUUUCACGCAUCCAUCUCAUCGGUUCACUGAUUGCCAACCGACACGGAAGGUCACCGCAAUGGAAUGGUCAUCUAUCCGUGUGCCACCAAUUGACGCAUAUCCUGACGUUCGGGCACACCGAAUUCUUUGCGAGUAACAGCUGGCGGAGAUUCGUGAAGAACGCCAUAUCGCUGUGUUUGACUUGUAGCGGAUUUGUCGUGUUGAGUUUGGUUAAAAUGGUGGGGCAGUCUUUUUUAGUUACAGCCUUCAUUGGUCUGAAUACGGGCAUCUACAUCUAUGCCAGCUUCCAAUCAAUCGGUGAUAUGACGUUGUAUGUGUCACUCUUGUUCGUCCUAAUUAUUUUAAACAUAUACUGCGGAAGACGAAUUGCCGAACGCUGGAUGGUGGAUUCGUAUUGGACAUACUUUAAGGAACGCUGUUUUAGGGAAGAUGAGAGUGAGCCGACAGAGACCGAAACGGCAACAAAUAAUCUGGCAGUAUGUGAAUGCGAUUGCCUGCAAAACACGUGCGUGGCGGAACCGACUACCAGCCAAAAAGGAGCAAAAACAACGCCAGUGCUGAACAAUCGAUGGUUUCGUUUGCACUAUUUGUGGAUGAACGGACUGGCUUUCAUAUACAGCAGCUGGGCCGUGUACUGCAACGUGGCUGCGAUCGACAACGGGUUGCCGCAGAAAGCCCAGCUGGGCAGCUGUACGGGUCGCUACACACGGACCACUACGGCAAGUCUGAUUUGUUUAUCCGUGAUACUUAAUAAAGCCACGAAACGAGUGCAAGUUAUUGUCUAA